UCUCCUCGGAAUUGGUGCUGUUGUAGAACUCUGCUUCUACCGGGGCCCAAAUUACUUCAAAUUAGUGUGGCAAUUGGAAUUAUUUUCCCAAAAUUAUUGUUGUCCCUUUUUCCAUCUCUACCUACUUACAUACAAAAAUUUCUUCGCAAUUGAAACAACAAUAAAACAAAAAUAGUGUUAUUUAUUUUUCCGUGCAAAAUGACUACCAACGAAUGUUAAAAUAUUUAAUAUAAAACAAAUAAAGUCAAUACGAAUAUUCUUGCCGACUGACUCGUUAAAGCCCCUUUAAGUUUGCCUUUGGUUGGUUCGUCUAUUAGAUAAUUCUAAUUCUACCUACUUACCUUUCCGUUCGGCGAUUGUUCUGCAAAAAGAAAAUAAAAGUUCAAGAAGUUUUGUAUAAUUGUAGUACCUACUUUGUUUUGUAUGCAAAUACUCGAGUAUUUGUAGCAGUGAGAGAAUUAAAAAGUGCGUCUAGCUAUUUGGCAAUUGAAUCGACAGUGGAUUUUGUGUUGUAGUUUGUAGGUGUUUUUUGUGUGCUAUUUCGUUUCGUGGGUGCUUCCAAUCUAAAAUACAAUAUCUCCUGUUGCGCCACACUGCUGGUGCUAACUGCUUACCGAAGCGAUCGUUUAGGCAUUUCCCCACCGACAAUUUAAAUUAGUUUUUUGUUUAGCUUCAACAGUGGUCAAUAAAAUUGAAUCAUGCAGUCCAUGAAAGCUGAUGCUUUGCCACAAAAUCCUCGGGAACGAGCAAAUCCACUUUCGUUUUUAUGUUUUUGUUAUACAAUACCCACAUUUCGUAAAGGUAGAAAAAAAGUUUUGGACUCUGGUGACCUUUAUGCUGCUCUCAAAACUCAUAAAUCAGAUACAUUGGGGAACCAAUUAAGUGCUGCAUGGGAUAGGCAACUUCAAAAAAAAGCCAAGACUGGUAAGGAAGCAAGUUUAUUGAGAGCCACAUUAGAUGUCUUCGGUUGGAAAUUUUCACAAUUCGGUCUGGUGCUGUUUUUUAUAGAAAUAUGUUUAAGAAUAACUCAACCCUUGUUCCUAGGUUUGCUUGUAACCUACUACUCUGUACAAGAAAGUCCCGACACAAUUGUAACAGCUUACCUGUAUGCCUUAGGUAUUAUUGUAUGUAGUGCACUUAAUGUACUGUUCCAGCAUCCAUAUAUGCUGGGAACGAUGCAUGUUGGGAUGAAGAUGAGAGUGGCCAUGUGUAGUAUGAUUUAUCGAAAAGCUUUGCGGCUAAGUCAGAAUGCUUUGGGUGAUACAACUGCUGGACAGGUUGUUAAUCUCAUAUCGAAUGAUGUUGGUCGUUUGGAUUUGGCUACCAUUUUUGUGCAUUACUUGUGGUUGGGACCGCUUCAAACAAUUGUCAUUACAUAUCUUAUGUAUCUGCAGAUUGGUUUCUCGUCGGUGUUUGGUGUAGCAUUUAUGUUAUUAUUUUUGCCUCUUCAAGCCUACUUGGGCAAAAAGACAUCCGUUCUACGAUUGCGCACUGCCUUACGCACAGACGAACGUGUGCGUUUAAUGAAUGAAAUUAUCCAAGGUAUUCAAGUUAUAAAAAUGUACGCGUGGGAAAUUCCAUUCGGAAAAAUGGUUGCUCAGGCACGUAAAAAAGAAAUCACACCUAUCAGAUAUGUUUCAUACAUUCGAGGCAUAUUGCUCUCCUUCAUAAUGUUCCUAACGCGCGUGUCAAUCUUUACCAGUUUGGUGGGCUAUGUUCUGCUUGGAUAUAUGUUGACAGCUAAACAGGCUUUCAUGGUAACGGCUUAUUAUAACAUUUUAAGAACUACAAUGACGGUUUUCUUUCCCCAAGGCAUAUCCCAACUCGCAGAAGCUCUUGUUUCUAUUAAACGUAUCCAAAAGUAUAUGCUCUACGACGAGACAAAUGUUCGAGAUAAAUCUCUAGACAGUAGCGAACUCGAUGAUGAUAUCACAACUAGUAAUCAAUCAACAAUAGUUAAGGGUCAUGAUACUAUCAAUGGUAACGGAAAUCACAGAGAGAAGCAACAACAAGUUGUCGCAAAUGGCAAUGCUACGUUAUCGGAAGCUGGCGUUAUCCUAACUAACUUGAAGUCAAAAUGGAAUGCAGCAUCGACAGAAUACACAUUAGAUGAUGUUAAUCUUCGAGUACAGCCAGGAACUCUGGUGGCAAUCAUAGGUCCAGUAGGGUCAGGAAAAUCAAGUCUUAUUCAAACGAUUUUGGGAGAGUUGACACCGGAAUCGGGUACUGUAACAGUUAAUGGUACCCUUUCAUAUGCCUCACAGGAGCCAUGGCUUUUCACAGGGACAGUUCGGCAAAAUAUUCUCUUUGGCCAACCGAUGGACAAACACCGAUAUCGUGUUGUUAUAAAGAAGUGCGCUCUAGAAAGGGAUCUGGAACUUUUGCCCCAUGGAGAUAAGACAAUCGUUGGAGAACGUGGAGCUUCCCUUUCAGGUGGUCAGAAAGCAAGAAUAAGUCUGGCCCGAGCUGUAUAUCGUAAAACUUCAAUCUACUUACUUGAUGAUCCUCUCAGUGCUGUAGACACUCACGUUGGGCGCCAUUUAUUCGAUCAGUGCAUGCGUGGAUAUUUGCGUGAGAACAUUGUAGUUUUAGUGACACAUCAACUUCAAUUCCUCCAACAUGCCGACCAGAUUGUGAUCAUGGACAAAGGAAAAGUCAGUGCUGUUGGCUCAUAUGAAUCGCUAAGAGAGAGUGGCUUAGACUUUGCCAAAUUGCUAUCUGAUCCUGAGAACAACGAGAAUGAAGAGGGAACACUCUCCAGAUCGGGCAGCAGACUGUAUAAACGUCAAAAUAGUGAAUCCUCUCUUAAAUCUGCUGCGGAUUCUUAUGUUGGAGAAGAAGCACCAAUGCAAGUGCAGGAAGUUGGUGGAGAAGGCCAAAUUGGACUUGACUUAUAUAAGCAGUACUUCAGAGCCGCCGGCGGUUUUCUACUGUUUUUCGUGAUUUUGAUGUUCUUCUUAGUAGCUCAGAUACUUGCUUCUGGUGGAGACUACUUUUUAUCAUAUUGGGUCAAUAAACGCGGCACCCCUAACACUCCAGACCUCGAAGAAACUCCAAAAUUAUUUACAAACGACACGUCUGUAGUGACAACAACGCCACCAAAUGUAAUAAUCGAAAGCAUUUCAGCGCUACUCGAACAAAUGGGAAUGGACAAAAUUAAUGAUGCUGUUGAUAUAUAUAUUUUUACUGCAAUCACUGUCUUAACUGUUAUAGUAACUCUCUGUCGUAGUUUCAUCUUCUUUAGUUGUGCAAUGAAGGCAUCAAUUUAUCUACACAAUGCAAUGUUCGAGGGAGUAACAAGAGCAACAAUGUACUUCUUCAAUACGAAUCCAUCAGGUCGUAUUUUGAAUCGAUUCUCCAAAGAUAUGGGCCAGGUCGAUGAGAUUCUACCUUCGGUCAUGAUUGAUGUUGUUCAAAUCUUUCUGCAAUUGAUUGGAAUUGUGGUCUUAGUGGCUUUAGUUAAUCCCGUGUUCCUUCUGCCAACGGCGAUCUUAGGAGUUAUUUUCUAUUAUCUGCGUGUGUUUUAUUUGAAGACGUCAAGAGAUAUAAAGCGAAUGGAAGCAAUGACUCGAUCACCUGUGUAUUCUCAUUUAUCUGCUUCAUUGAUGGGACUUGCAACAAUUCGUUCGUUUGGAGCCCAAAAGAUUCUAAUAUCAGAGUUCGACAAUCACCAAGAUUUACAUAGUUCAGCAUUCUACUUGUUCAUUUCAACAAAUAGAGCUUUUGGAUUUUGGUUAGAUUGUUUCUGUGUGGCAUAUAUUGCCAUCAUCACGUUGAGUUUCUUUAUCUUCCCUCCAGAAAAUGGUGGCAAUGUCGGUUUGGCCAUUACACAAGCCAUUGGAAUGACUGGCAUGGUGCAGUGGGGUAUGCGGCAAUCAGCAGAAUUAGAAAACACAAUGACAGCUGUGGAGAGAGUCGUUGAGUAUGAUACGAUCGAAUCAGAAGGCGCUCUAGACUCAGUACCCGAGAAGAAACCACCGAAAGAAUGGCCAAUGGAUGGUAAAGUGGUAUUCGAUAAUCUAAGUCUUCGCUACUCUCCAGAUCCUAAGACCGAAUCAGUUCUUAAACAUCUGAAUUUGGAAAUUCAGCCGUGUGAAAAAGUAGGAAUAGUGGGACGUACAGGAGCUGGCAAAUCUUCGCUUAUCAAUGCUCUAUUCCGUUUGUCAUUUAACGAUGGCUCAGUGGUUAUUGAUCGCAGAGACACCAAUGAAAUUGGUUUGCAUGAUUUGCGAAGCAAGAUUUCAAUUAUACCCCAAGAACCAGUGCUGUUCUCAGGAACGAUGCGAUACAAUUUGGAUCCAUUCGAUGAGUACUCCGAUGAAAAGUUAUGGGAGUCCUUAGAAGAAGUUAAGCUUAAGAAAGUUGUAUCCGAUCUUCCUUACGGCCUACAAAGCAAAAUCUCUGAAGGCGGUAGUAAUUUCAGUGUUGGCCAAAGACAGCUGGUUUGUCUUGCACGUGCAAUUUUGCGAGAAAAUAAAAUUCUCGUUAUGGAUGAGGCAACGGCUAAUGUUGACCCACAGACUGAUGCUCUCAUUCAGACAACAAUAAGGAAAAAGUUCAAGAAUUGUACAGUACUUACAAUUGCUCAUCGUUUGCACACAGUCAUGGACUCGGACAAGGUUCUUGUUAUGGAUGCCGGAAGAGCAGUAGAGUUUGGUUCGCCUUAUGAAUUGCUUACAGAAUCUUCUGUAAAGGUAUUCUAUGGAAUGGUUAACCAAAUGGGUAAAGGAUCAUUUGAAAGCUUUUUAAGAACUGCCAAACAGGCACACGAAGAUAACAUGAAACAAAAAUCUGCCUAAGGUUUUAUUGGCUAAUUAAACUUUUCCUUUUAAACAAACGUUGCUGUGAAAACAAACUCAAUUCAGUAAAAGUGCUAUUAAAUACCGAAACAAUUUAACUUUAUAUAGAUUUAAAAACAAGACUUCAAAACUAUACAAUAUACUUAAUGAAACUUAUUUUGUAUGAAAUAUUCAAUAGGUACAUCACAAAUGCAAGUAAAACAAAAACAAAAACAAAAAUUAAAAACGUAUGUCCUUAGCAUAGUUGUAGUUAUCAUUUACUUUUUUGUUUAGCAUUAAGUUCUCAAAAGCGAUUAGCUAAGUCGCCAAAGAAUGCCAAACAUUCAUAAAUGUAAUUUAUUUUUUAUAUAAUCCUGAUAUAUAUAAAUCUAUACAUACAAAACUAAAAAUAACACAUUUAAGCCACGCUCAGACCAUCAUUGCAUCUUUACAACUCUAAAUUAACAAGCAGGACGACAUACUACAAAAAUGUGCCUUUAUUCAAAUCGAAAUACAAUAUUUUACUUUUUGUCUGUUUUGAUUUUUGUCAUACAAAACAAAUAUGUUUGUAUUCAAUUAAGCUAUAAAUAUGUUAUAAUGUAAACCAUAACGUUCAUUGAGAGAAGAUUGCUCUGUAUUUCUGUAUUUUUGUAAUUGGAAAAAUAAUAAUAUUAUUUUGCUAAAUUUUGUAACGUAAAUAUGUAAGUGAAACAUAUUAUAUUGUUAUAUAUUGCUUAAGCGAAACAAAGUUUAUAUUAUGUAUAAAAUAUUCUAAGUUAAGAACAAAUAUCUAUCAUUGUCAAAUUACCAACAUACAUACAUAUACUUUCUUUUUUGAUAAGCGAUUUUAAAUUAUACAUUAAAAAAAAAUAAAAACUGAAAAUAAAUACCAACAAAUAAUUUAAAUAAUAAA